GAAAUGGAAACCUCGGAAUUGUUUUGUCUUCUGUGUAAUACAAAGUUGGAGGUUACAUGUGGCGUAAACAUUUUUUACACAUCUUUAUCAAAAAAUGGAAUGCAACUGGGCACCUUUAUUUCACAAGUGCUGCAUUGUCUUGAAUCGGAUCUACGAAGCUCCUAUGUAUGCAUCCAAUGUUUUAGUUUGUUUCAAAUGCUGGAGCAGGCACAGUGGUCAGCUGCUAAUAUUCGUAAUGAAAUUUUACACGCUUAUGAAAUCAGUGGAAAGUGCAAAGAUGAUAAAAUCACAACUACUGUAAACUCAGACCUUAUUGAAAUUGAUGACAAAUCUUUUGCUAAGAAAUUGAGUCAACAAGAUAAAUUAGAAAGUAUUGAUACCAUAGGUCAGCUAAAAAAUACAAACGUUUUGAAGAUAACUAGCAUUGAGGAGUGUUCAACUAUCCAAAACAAUUACCCUGCUUGCAAAAAAUCUGACACGCCAAAUAGAGAUGCAUCUCUUGCGCAGGUGGAUCUGCAUCAAAAUUCAAACAAUUUUGUCAAACCAGAUAUUGAAAAUUUAAUACUACUUAAUCAAGGUCCAGAUAACUCUACAAAUCAACAGCAUGUAAGGUAUAAAAGAAAAUUCCGUGUAAAAGUGGAAAGUGCAGAUCUCGAUAAUGGCAAUAACAACUGUCAGGAUCUGUCAAGUGAUGAAUUAUCAACGGAGGUGAUGAACGCAUCCAGAGAAAUUCUAAAAAAGGGGGAUGUUACAGAUACUGCAAAAACUAAAAUAAAAUCAAAGUUGAAUAGACAAGAGAAAAUGGCAUUGUAUCGUCAUCAGUGUCGUGUCUGUGGUCGCUUGUUCAAACAUGCAAAUCAUUUGAACUCUCAUUCAUUAAAACAUUGGGAUUCAAAACCUUAUGAAUGUAGAAUUUGCCAUAAGAGUUUUUUAAACCUGUCAGAUGCCAAGUUUCAUGCAAUCCAAGAACAUCCCAGAUAUAAAUAUACUAUCGAUAUUGCACCUGAAACUCAAAAAAAUGAACAAGUAGAUUUUAUCGAGGACGAUCAUGGACUUCUUCCUGAAGAAUUACUUGGAAUGUCAGACCACGAAGAGCAAGAUGAUUUUGAGUGGAAAGAAGGGGGUGCUAGUACUGAGAAGGUCACAGAGGAUGGAAAAGGCGUCUCAGGAAAGGAUCCCCUGGAAAUGCUGGAUACAUUGAAAGAAAGCACGUCAGAUUCUUCAAAGAUAACACCAAAAUCGAGAAAAAUGUUGAAGUAUAAUUCUAAGCCAUUAAAAUACCCAUGCCCUACUUGUGGGAAAAAAUGGAGAACACCUGCUGAAUUGAGAACACACCUUAAGUCCCACUCGAAUUUAAGGCCCUAUAUGUGCGAAAAAUGUGGUCAGGCUUACAAGCACAAAUACGCUUUAGAGGUCCAUGUGGGAAUGCAUAAUGGCAUAAAUCCAUUCCAGUGCAGCUUUUGCAAUAAAUGUUUCACUCAAAAAGGAGCUCUGAUAAGACACUUACCAAUGCACACAGGAGAAACACCCUAUCAGUGCGAACUGUGUGGUAAACGAUUUGUACAUCACACCUCAUACAACAUGCACGCAUUAUCGCAUACUGGAAAAAAAUCACAUCAAUGCCAUGUCUGUGAUCUGGCGCUUCUGUCAACGUCACAUUUAAAGCGUCACAUGAGGGUACACACAGGAGAGAAGCCUUAUAGUUGUACCUUAUGUGGGAAACGAUUUGCUGAACGAUACAACUUAUUUGCUCAUCAAAAAAUUCACGAUCCCGUGGAAAUACUGGCUAAAGAAUCAAAGAAAAUACAGUACAAAUGCGAGCAGUGCGCAAUAAUAUUCGAUAAAAAACAGAAGUUGGAUGAUCAUUUGAAAUUGCAUAAUAAUGGCGACAUAGUAACUGAUAGUACAACUACCAAAAAGUGGGAAAGUCUUACAUUACAAAAUCAAAGCCACAACGAAAAUGCUGGCAAUUUGGAUCCUCGUGAGAAUAUAUCAGCUGACCAAGCAUGGGGACAUGUAGGCUAUGCGAAAUUGCAAAGUAUCGGAAAUGACCCCAAAUUAGGUGAAUCCCAAAAUCCAUUUCAGAUUGUCACGACUCCUGUGGCAACGGUCAUAGAAAAUCAUAAAAUGUUGAUAGAUUUGGGUUGUAAUCGUAACUUAAUUCCGAAUUUGAGUGUGUUGAGCGGAAAUCAAAUGUCAUUGGAAAGAACAGAAAUUUAAUGUCAAUAGGUACAGUCGAUAGCAAAAUAUAGGUAUGUAUAGUUGAUAUUAAAUUUCUUUCUUAGCGAUAAUUAAAAAUCAAUUUAACUAUUGUUGAGAGUGGAAUCUAGAGUACCUAACUCAAUAACAAUGAAAUACAGAUUGAACGUUCUGGAAACAAA